AUGCCCUCGAUCAAGAGACCCCUUCAGGAGCAGUUGCCCACGCCAGAGGAAUUAGCUAGGGUGUUCAAGAAACCCAGCCCUUCCAAGGCUUCUCAGCCAAGAACGAUGGCGCCAUUGCCUUCACCUCAGAGCGAUAACGAUAGAGAAUUAGAUGCUCCAAUAAGACACUCGGUGCCGCCAGCGAUGAUGCCCGUGGUCUAUCCACCGUAUACAUUCCAGGAUUUUUUUUCUGACUUACCUACUGUCUCGGAUGAGGAGGCCUUGCAAAGAAAGGCCCAGGUCAACCAGAUAAUGCACAGGUUUCCUCCACCAAUGCAACCAAUUAUUCCGAAUGAGCAAGUAGUGGCGGACGGUGGAAUUAUCGUACCUUUCAUUUUUCCUCCUGUGCCGCCUCUUCAACCCGAUUACCAUUUAAAUGAUACUAUACUAAAACCUUCGAGUAAGCGAGGCACAAUUGAACCUCAGGCUCCACAAGAGAAUGAACUUUUUUCAGAACCAUAUGGGCCCCAGACGGCUGGUGAUAAGAGACUAGGCAUGGAAAAUAACACCAUUUGGCCCCUGAUCCCUCCACUACCGUUCCCACCUCCAAAUUACAUGCCUUACCCUCUCAGCGCUCAAAAGGCUCCUUUGACCCCACAUGAGGUUUUUGAAGAGUGGCUUGAAGCCCUGGAACACUUGCCCAGGGUUGAUAUGGUUGUAGCAAGUGCUGCUGGCUCGAUAGUAGAUAUUCGCAGCCAAUCAGAAGCAUUGGGGGUCGAUGUGAAAAUGUUAGAUAAGUGGAUCAAAGGUCGCCGGCAAAAAGACACGGAGGCCAAAGAAGCUUCCAGAAGUGAGUCGGAGUCGUCGGAUGUUGAGUACGAAGAAUACGCUGCUUACGCGAGACAGGUCGAUACUUCAGAGACCUUGGAUCCUUACGCCGAAGAUAAGAAGGACCUUCUUACAGUAUAUUCUGAUCUACGCAACAGUUAUCUAACGGUAGUUGCUCUGGAUACAGCAGGCGUGACCAGAUCACCAAUCAGAACAUACGAAUGGUCAUCUAAGGAUAUCGAUCCAAGUGCUUCCGAAGAUAUGCCCACAACCUGGGUCAUGAAGAAGGACAUUGCCAGCGCUAAUGGGAAUUCAAAGCCAAGAAGAAGAUUGGAGCUUAUAGAGAGUCGCAACCAUAUAGAGAGAUUUGCAGAGGAAAAUAGAGAGCAAGUGUAUGCUGCUCGAAAGAAGCAACUCCUUAACCGCUUGAGGUCACUUCAGCAAACAAGAAUCUCCCUCGACGACAACAGCAUAUCGCUGGAAGACACUGAGUUAAAAGAAUACAUCCAGAAGAGAAAAAACGAACGAGACCACGAACUUCUACGCCUAAAAAUAUAUCACAAUCAUGAAAAAUUGAAGGCGGCCCUUUUGUUCUACCAGACAUCAAACAGUACAUAUAAGGGUCUCAACAGGCUUGUCAUAAACAAGUUGCGAAAGCUCAAGCAGUUUCUUGAGCACCAACAACUGGUUUUCUCUGGUAUAUUGGCUAACGGCCUGGAUGCCGAAGCCUUCAACUUGAGAAGCAAGGAAAGUGCCAACUUAAUGAGUUCAUUCGUCGAGCAAGACUACUCUAGUGACGUGAAACAUAUCUUCCGCACUGCUACGUUGAACGAGGAUAAGGGGUUACCUCCUAAACCAGACCUUGAGGAAGUGAACAUAUCAAAUUUCGAUAAAGUUUUCACCAGCAUAGAACAUUCGCCACAGGUGCAUGACUUCAUGCCAUUGGCCACUGAAGAAGAAUUCAAGCUCAUCACAGGCGAUGCACCUUUGAAGAUGAAUGCAAAGGAUCAACUUUUGAAGGGCAAAGCUGCGAGGCAUCAAAUUUUUCAAAGCCUGUUAUAUGACCGGAUCACUUCAGGAUCGGACUCGAACGCCUCCGACAGUGCGGCAUCAGGGCCGAAAAGGCGGCCAGGAAGAAGAGCAGCCCCCAAGCCAGUGUUGGGGGAGGAGCCAAGUAAGGAGCGUAGUGAAGCUGCUCUUGUGGCAAAAAUUAUGAAACAAUUCGUUGGACCAGCGGCUGCCAACGCUGACGAGUUGACGGAAGAUCUUGAUUUGAUGAACGUGGAAACGAGAUGGCCUGUCAGGUAA